AUGCAAGCAUUACAGGACGCGGUAGCAUUUCCAGACUUCCAAUCUUGCCCUGACGAAUAUACUAUCGACUUUCAGCAUUACAAAACUAGUGACGGAUCGAACUUCACUCCUUCGCGUCACUGGUGUCUGUUGGCAGAGAUAGCACAAGUAGAGUUUUUUGUUCGUCUCCGUCUCACACUGCGUGAUAAAUCUGGCCAUCACUUCCCUCUGGCAUUUUAUGGCGAAGACACAGAAAACGUCAACCCUGCAGAUUACAGAGUUGGCUACACAGUAGCUAUACUUUACCCGCAACAGCAUGGAUUCCUGGACAUGACGGUGGGUAUUCGCCAAGAAUAUAUGAAAUCAAUCCAGGUCAUACCUCUCUCUUUGACGACCAUCCUGCAGACCCAGAUUGAUACCGUGGGAAUGUCAAAAGACGGACUGGACGCAAGGAGGACACAAGCGCUUGUGUAA